AGCAGCGUGGUGCCAGUGUGUGGCCGCGCGUGGUGAUGUGAGUGUUUGGUCCGCUUCUUACGCCGCUAUCCCGCCAACACAGUCUUCAUCAUGGCUAGACUCUUCCACGCCACUUAUUGCCAGUGGCGGCAGUGGCGGAGACUCAGCGCAGCCCCGAGGAUGGCCAUGGCACAUGACAGCCAGGGAGUGAGGAAGCUGGCCACCCACUGUCAGGCUGAGGUGGACCAUCACUAUGAGGAAGCUGUGCAGACGCUCAAUUCCCUGCAGUCAAAUGCAGCUGUGUUGCAGCGCAUUCGGCAGCAGCGAGGGUUCACAAACAAUGUUCAAGCCACAGAAUGCUUCCUUGACAGGGUUGGCAUUUCUCUUAAGGAUCUUGAUUCUCUGUCUGUCAUCCAUAUAGCAGGCACAAAGGGGAAGGGGUCCACCUGCUCCUUUGUGGAGAGCAUCCUGAGGGAACAUGGCUUCCGGACAGGUUUCUACUCUUCCCCACACCUGGUGGCUGUGCGGGAGAGGAUCCGCAUCAACGGCCAGCCCAUCUCUAAGGAAGACUUUAUCACCUACUUCUGGGAUGUAUAUAAUCAGUUAAUAGCCAAGAAGACCUGUGAUGAUGACAUGCCUGCUUAUUUCAAGUUUUUGACUGUACUUGCACUGAAAGUAUUUGUAAAAGAGGAAGUGGAUGUUGCAGUGUUAGAAGUGGGCCUGGGGGGCGAGUAUGAUUGUACCAAUGUGGUGAGGAAACCAGUGGUGUGUGGAGUGACAACCCUGGACUAUGACCACACCUCCAUCCUGGGCAACACCAUAGAGUCCAUAGCAUGGCACAAGGCUGGCAUCAUGAAGCCUGGGGUCCCAACCUUCACUGUGGAGCAGUCAUUACAGCCUUCUCUAAGUGUGCUGCUGCAGAGAGCUAAAGAAAAACAGGUUCCCUUGUACUUGAUACCACCUUUAGAGAACUAUGGUUGGGGAGCACAGCCUCUACAGCUUGGCUUGGCAGGCAAUGUCCAGUACUGUAAUGCAUCGCUUGCUCUACAGCUUACUCAAUAUUGGAUGAACUCUCAGAAUAGAGGCAGGAGUGAUGAGGUGGUGUGCACUACAACCACAACCCCAGACCACUUAAAUGUGCCUGUUGCCAUUCCCUUCACAUUAUCUGAUGAGGAUGUGCUGGGACUCAAGUAUGCUGUGUGGCCAGGAAGGUCCCAGGUGAUGGUGAGUGGCCCUCUGACUUUCUUCUUGGAUGGGGCCCACACGCCUGUCAGCAUGCAGGCCUGUGUGGACUGGUUCCUCAAGACGGCUCCCAUGCAUGCCCCUCAAAAUGGGGACAACAUUUUCCGCCUGCUGUUCUUCAACUCUACUGGUGACCGUGAUCCAGAGACGCUGCUCAAGAAACUUACCUCAUGUAACUUUGACUUGGCCAUCUUCACCACCAACUUGGUCACUACUUCCAUGAAGGCCUCCUCAGAUCAAACCAACUAUACCAUAUCCAGAGAUCAAGCACACUUACGAUGCGAACAACAGAGGAACUCAUGGAUUCGUCUCAUAAGGAAUCAGUCAAAACAAGAAUCUGAAUCACCAAACCAUGAGGACACAGAAAUGGCUGACACAUCACAGAGUGAAGGAUUUGAGAACAAUCUGAACUUGACUUCCAGCAUGCCAGCCUCAGAUGUGCCAAGCAUCAUCUUCCCAUGCAUUCAAGAUGCCUUAGUGUGGCUCUCCUGUGGCCGUGACCCAAACCUCACCGGGGAGCUGCUCACUCCUCCAGCCUUCCCUCCCCCUGCACGCCUUCAAGAAGCUACUCAAGUCCAGAUUCUGGUAACUGGCUCGCUGCACCUUGUUGGUGGGGUGUUAGGUGUGAUAGAUCCUGAGCUGCGGUGUGCCACCCAUGUGCGCAGUGCCUUUAAUAAACCCCCUUCCCUCACUGAUUUGGUCCUCAACAACUACAACAAAUUCUCCUCCCCUGGAACACCCUGACAACCAUAUUGGGGGUCAGGAAGACAAGCACCAUGCCAUCACUCUGCCUUACGUGUGCUAGAUAGAGUCUCUUGUUUCAUUACCUAUGUGCCAUUACCAAUGUUCAUAAUGCAGUAGUAGGGUGUCCAGAAUAAAUAAUGUAAUAGGACAAAUGGGAAGAAAAUUGCACUAUAAAGUUGCUAUUUUACCAUAAAAAUAUACUACUGCAUUAUAAACCAAAGAAGUCAGUACAGUACACGUACUAUAAAUUUUUGUCAUUAUAAUAUAUAUAUAUAUAUAUAUAUAUAUAUAUAUAUAUAUAUAUAUAUAUAUAUAUAUAUAUAUAUAUAUAUAUAUAUAUAUAUAUAUAUAUAUAUAUAUAUAUAUAUAUAUAUAUAUAGUUUGUAUUCUGUCAAAAGUUUAUCACUCAGCCAGAAAAUUACAUGUGAAAAUGGGUUUAUUUGUUUCACUCCACUACCACCACUGCCAUCAUCCUUUCUCUGUCACCAACUGCAACAUUUUCAUGAUAUUUUUUAAGAAAAUGUGAAGGUAUGCAGUGUGCCUUGAUCCUUAAUUAGAUGAUAAUGAUCUUGCUAAAGUCUCAGUUAUUAAUUUACUUGUUGAAUUUGACAUGCAAAUCACUGUUAGAGGCUGUGGUUACAGUGAGAGGGUUAUGAAGUGUCAGUAGAUUUACUUUAGAAAUGCUCUUAAAAAAAGGUCCUACAAUUUGAGAUUUCAUCGGCCAGCCAGGUCAGUCUUUGUCUUCAAGGAUGUAACGUAAGGGGGGUAAAUGUUUAAAAUGAAAUGAGGCCAGAAGUACUGGCCAUACGUAUGAAAGCAAGUCUCAUUUGUAAAAAAAAAAAAAAUUGUAAAAAAAAAAAAUUGUAAAAAAAAAAAAAAAAAAGUGGUGUGGGUAAAUCCAUUGUUCCCUGUUGGCUGCAGUUGAGUAAUUUUUCACAGUUGCUUUUCUUUACUAGUCACAUCACAUUUUAUUAACACUAACUUUGAUAGGCAGGUAAGACCAGCUGUUUGAAGAAGGGCAUUUGCAAACACCAUUACCACUAGUAAUCAUUUCCCUGGAUUAUAAAUUAAACCAGACAAGUGAAGUGAUACAUGCAACCUUAGUAGGGUCUACAUUAUUAUUAUUAUGAGAUAAAUGACAUUGGUAUCCAGUCCUCCCUUCUAUUUAUUUAGAAAAGAAUAUGAUGAGAGUGUUGCAGCUAAGGUAAGAAAAGGAUGGUCUUUCUUUAUUCAGCAACACUGCAUUUAUCCUUAUCCAUUGAGUGGCCUGAUCAUUUCUGAAAUGUGAACUUGUAGGUAAACUUGUUUGCUAUUGAUGUCCAUGACUUUAUACUGACAUAAGCAAGGCUAGGAUUCUGAGAGAAGAAAGGUUUUGCCAAGAUGGUUUAACUUUUAGCACCAAAUAUCAAAAUUUAGCAAGUUGACUCAUCUUAAGUAUGCUAGUUAAAUACAGUUUACACCCUGAAACAACCAUAUCUUUAUUACAUAACCUAAAUAUGGUAUUUUAUGUUAAAAAGCAAGAAUUCCUCAAACCAUUUUAGACAUGGCUAUUGCCCUUCAUAUACACAUGCUUGUAUAUGUAGGCAUUGUUCAUCUGAUGUUAGCUGUCCAGGAGGUCCACAAUCUGUAGCAGCUUCCCUGCAUAUGUCCAGACCUCUGAGCUCCCUUUGGACAGCUUCCUUGCAAAUUUUCUUGGGUCACUAUUUGAAACAUCAAGCAAGCUGUUCAGAUAUAACUUUUUCACCCACUCACUUCCUAUGACCCUUUCAACAUGUCCAGUAAUGAUCAAUAGCUUUACACCAAAUGUGUGUUCAUUUCUGUGCUCAAAUUGGAUGUAACUCCAUGGAUAUCAGCACAUAUAUAGCUAUAGACAUAUAUCAGGGAUGUAUUUCUUACUAGAUGUUGAUCUUAUUGUAAAAUAGUAAAUUGGAUGUGCCACCACUGAA